GACAGAGACCAAGAGAGAGACAGAGAGAAGAUUAGACACAGGGAGAGAGAGAAGAAGAGAGAGGAAGUGCGAAGAGGAUAGUGCCGUUUGAUUCCGUUAUUUCAGUUACUCCUAUAUGAAUGUGAAGCAGCAACAAUGGUGUCGGACCAGGAAAUAGCGAAGGAGGUGGAAUCUCUGAUCCGUAACUCCGACCCGAACUCCUUCACAACUCUAAACGGCGUCGUUCAGCAGCUCGAGGCCAGGCUAGGGUUAGACCUCUCUCACAAGGCCGGUUUUAUCAGAGACCAGAUCGACCUUCUUCUUCGUCCUUCAAACCCUCAACCUCAAGCAUUUCCUCCACCAGCUUCCUCGCAACCAAAAGACGCUUUUGCCCUCCUGCAUCAGCCACAAUUCCCACCCACCCACCGCCAUCACUUUCCUUCCCAUUUUACCCUCCAUCCUCAUCAUCAGGCCAAUGAGAUCAGCUUCCGGCAGCCGCAGCCAACUCCCGCCACCGCACAGCCUCCGCAGAUGCAUUCCCUGCCGCCGCAAGCGCAGGUGGUUAAAGGCGAGACCUAUGUUCAAAAUGCCGCUGCAUCCGCCAAUCAACUACCCAGGGAAAGUGCUCCAACCGGAGGUAAAAAAAGAGGUGGUGCUGGUGGUCUGAACAAAGUUUGUGGUGUUUCACCUGAGCUUCAGGCAAUAGUAGGGGAACCGGCAUUGCCAAGAACUGAGAUUGUGAAGCAACUGUGGGCUUACAUAAGGAAAAACAACCUCCAGGAUCCUAGUAACAAACGAAAGAUUAUUUGUGAUGAUGCUCUGCGUGUGGUUUUUGAGACAGACUGUACUGACAUGUUCAAGAUGAAUAAGCUGCUGGCUAAACACAUUAUUCCACUUGCUCCCACAAAGGAGUCACAAGCUAAACGAUUGAAGGUGGAUGUUGAAUCCACAACUGAAAAUGCUGAUCCUGGUUCAACUACUGUCGUUAUAUCUGAAGCUCUCGCCAACUUUCUGGGCACUGGGGAGAAGGAGAUGAAACAAUCUGAGCCCAUAAGACUUGUAUGGGAGUACAUUAAGGUGAAUCAUUUGGAGGAUCCUUUAAAUUCAAUGGUGAUACUAUGUGAUGCAAAGCUUCAGGAGCUGCUUGGAUGUGAGAGUAUUUCAGCUUUGGGAAUGCAAGAGAUGUUAGCACGCAAUCACUUUUUUAAGCGAUCUUGAUUCCUGGGCAUGGAGAUAUCGAUGUCAGAUUACUAUUGUUAGAUCAGAUAGCUAGGAACUUUUCUGCUGGUUCAUGUAACUUCUGACAGUUCUAUCUUCUGUGCAUUGACAUGGUUGGUUAGAAUCAGAAUGUGUUGUCUGACAGUACUGGGUUGAUUAUUUAGAAUGAUAACAUAGCUCUGAGGCUAGGGAAAGGAGUAUCUUGUACUUGUUCCAUUGGCCUGGUUUAGGUUUUCUGUGUUUUUUAAAUUACUACUUAGUUCUCAAUGUCUAACCUCUCACCUAACUGAAGGAAACUGAGCUUGAAAUGGAUGACUUGUAUUUUUUGUACAUUGAGAAGCUUCUUCUUUGUCCGUCAGAUACAAUGAAAUGUACUUUGCUGCUUAAUUAUAUUAGGAAAAAUCUUUUGACUUUUUAGGUGUC